UGGUCCAAAGGUUAUUCUUGUGAAACUUUGGGUGACAGUGCACUCAGUGAGAUUUACAGUAGGCUACUUCUCGCGAAGAUGUCGGUUCUGAAAAGAUCGAUUACAUACACUCCUAAAGCCCCAGUCAGACAGGGCAUCUACAGCCAAGCUGUUGUGGUUGACCGCACCAUGUAUAUUUCGGGGCAACUGGGAAUGGAUGUUACUUCAGGGCAACUCGUCGCUGGAGGGGUGUUGGAAGAAGCCCGCCAGGCUCUUGUGAACAUGGGGGAAAUUCUAAAAGCCGCAGGAUGCGACUAUAAUAAUGUGGUCAAGACGACAGUCCUUCUGGCAGAUAUAAAUGACUUCAAUGGAGUAAACGACAUUUAUAAGCAGUUUUUCAAAAGCCAUUUCCCUGCAAGAGCAGCAUACCAGGUGGCAGCACUGCAAAGGGGUGGCCGCGUUGAGAUCGAAGCAGUUGCCGUCGUUGGACCAGUUCAAGACGCACCACAAAGCUGACAGAAACUUCAGUCAGAUAGCAAACUGUAGCGCAUCACCCAGAAACUGCGCCGUCUCUAGAUGUAGGCGGAGGCACAUGUUGAACCAAUCAGCCUUAGAGCUCACUAACUUUUUAAUUUGUUUCAUUUAUAUUCAGAAAUUAUUUGCUUCACUUCAUUUCCAUGUUUCUUCCAUAUCUAACAGAUUAUUCUAUUGAUUGUUAGAUCUGUUUAUGUUAUUAAAGGAGACUGUGCAGAAGACGCAAAUAAUGCAUUAGCCAUUUUUUUUUUUUAACUUUGUAUAAACAGAAAUAAAAAUAAAUAUUCUUUCUGGCA